GAUCAUGACUUGCGCAUGCGCAGAAUUCUCGACCAGAGUCGAAUACUGCAAGAUCCAUUCUUCACGGUGCGUGAUCACCCCCAUCCCCCACAAUAGUAAUGGCCUGCAGUUAUCAUUUUCCAUAGUCCAUUCAUUCUCCGGUCUCAAUAAUAAUACAUCAUUUGAGUCGGUUGCGGGCAACUCCCAUGACGGCGUAAGCAGCGAUGCUGGGUUUCGGAUCGACUCCGAAUCUUCUUUCACGAGCACUAUAUCCAUGCAACCCUUCUUGAACUCGCCAUCCCAAGGAACAGGCUUCCUUUCAACCGAAACGUAUGGAAUUUUCCCAAUGAGAAGGGCAGUGUCGGGCAGUUUGUCAGAUACAAGAGAUGCAAUCAGCUCCGAUCAUACCUCAUCUACUGGUGAUGUCAAAGGUAGUAGCUCUACUCAUUGAUAUGUGAUCAUUCAACAGCUACUUAUUCAUGUCUACUUGGGAUUCCAAACAUUUUUCCCGUCCUCUCUUUCUUUAGCUACGAGUACUACUCGCUCCCUAACUAUGACCUUGAGUGAUUCGAGAAGUGUAGUGAGUUCACAUUCUCCUAACGACAAGCUCUAGUUGACUGUUCACAAAAUAUUUCAGGGUUCGUCCACUCCUACUAACAA